AUGGCUCGUUAUUGCCCAGCCGCCGGCUAUCUGGCUUUGUCCCGCUUCGCGAAGCUACAAGCGAAGGUCUUUGUGGUGCCAAGCAGGGCUGCGCUGGCAUUGAGUGCCGGGGCCGUCGGAGCCGGUGCUCUCACCGCCAAAAGCUGGGUGCAACCCGUCGGGUGCGACGACGGGCCGAAUUGGGACGCGAUUCGGAAAGAGAUCGUCAACAUUCUCGAUGAUGACAAGUACAAGGAGACUUGCCUGCAAUACACUAUCUUCCACCCGAGACGAGAUUCAGUCCUCGUGGUCAAGGGGGGUGCGAUGGAUUUCGUAUGUGAAUGCCCAGUCAUUUGGGCAAAGUAUUUUCUCCCGAACAUCGAGUUAGGCGACAUG